AUGUCUUCUAUGCAAGUCAUAGUAAGAUUAUGGUUAACAAGGAGUGUUAGUAUUAAAAGCAUACUUUCUGUAGCAUUUAUCGACGCUCCAGCAUAUAACGGCUCAUUUGCUCUCAAGUCCACAUUAUCUUCUUCGUCGGCGUCUUCAAUAUUGAUAUUCAUAUUAACUCUGUUUUCGAUAUUUUUGUUGUUAAUUAAACGUAAAAGAAAGUAUGCAUUAGUUUGGUGGGUUGACACUGCUGAAACUGAUGUCAUGCCAUUAUUAAAAAUACCUAAAAGAUAUCGUGAAUUACAUACAAUUGGAGAAUUAUCGUGGAAAGAUAAUGCAACGAAACAGGUGACGAAGUCAAAAAUGAAAAUAUUAGCAAUUGAUCUUGAUAAUCAAAGACAAUUUAUUAACCUGUCUGAAUUUAAACCAACUGUGAUGACUUCAUGUAACCCUAGACAAGCUUCCCAACUUCAGACUUCUUUCAACCUAAUACAAAAUUCUCAAGUUCUGAGCUCUUUUAAUCCGGUUCAUAACUCUCAAGUUUUGAGUUCUUUAAAUCCAAUCCACACUUCUCAAGUUCUGAGUUCUCUAAAUCCAGUCCACUCUUCUCAAGCUCUAAGUUCUUUCAAUCCCGUCCACACUUCUCAAGAUCUUAGCUCUUCUAUCUCAGUAACAACAUCUUCACCUUACAUUUUUCCUCAGGAACCACCUUUUCAACUACCAUCUACUUCAGUGCAGGAAAGUAAUGAUUAUUUUUCUGUGCAAGGCAGUAGUUCUUCCCAGCUGAACAUCAAUAAAUCAGAUAUGUACGAGUUUCCAUCGACAGUUGAAAUCACACCAGCCCCUCUAGUAAUUAACAUGAAAAGUUUGACUGAAUCUACCAGCAAAGAAAAUGAAAUUAUAUCUAGAAAUGUCAAGGAGGGUCAAGUCAUAAUUAGAGACUGUUAUAAUAAAAGUGCAAGUGGUCCAACUCAUUCUGGUGUUUUAAAAGCGGAUGCAGCACCAAUUACAUUAGAAGUUGUUGAGUUCGUGGAGUCUCUUGCAGUCCAUCUAAGACAUCAAUACAAAAAAGAACAGGAUGAGGCCACUUCAGAAAAAACAGCUUUUCGAAUUCCACUACAUUAUUUCAAGAAAGAAGAAAAGAAAGCUGAAAUAUCACCAGGAUGCGGUUUCUACAUGGAUAAAACCAUUAUUGCUGACAUCGAAGAAAAUGCUGAAAAUAAUUGGCGAAAUCUAGUGACUGCAGUAAUAAAUGAAGUAUAUGGCGCUGAAAUUAAGAAUUUCUCGGCUAAAGGACGUGUCUCUCAUAAACGAUAA